UGCCGGAGAGCGAUAACUUGGCGGACACCCGCUCCUCCUCUGGGCAAGUGGGGCCGAUUGAGCAGCUGGAGAUAAGGCUGGCUUGGGCCGCGCGGGUUCCCGGCCGGCUUCGGCUGUAUGAGGAACACGCAGGGCCCCGCCGGCCCUUCCAGCUGCCGAGUAGGCAGGGCAGGCUCCAGCCUCUCGGGGUCCCUUCCUUCCCCCAUAGUUCUUCGCCAUCUCCACGGGUUGUCGAGCCCCUUGGUUCUCCCCGAGCCUCCAUAAUGAUUUCGGCUCCUUUUUCCCCCACGCAGAGGCCUUUGUUUGGGGGCUGGGGGGCUUCCACGCUUUGGAAAGGGAAAAUGGUUUUUUGGGGGGCGGGUUGGCUCCAGCUAAGCAGACCCUCCUGGUGAGAAAGGUUAAAACAGUGGUCGACUGUCAAAAGGUGUUAAAAUUACUCUUCUUUUUCCUCUUCCAUGAGCCGCUCAGGUAAGCUUGUCAUAAAUCAAGACCUUCCCCGCCCCCCGCAUUGUUGGCUGUAUCCUCCCUCUCCUGUUAAAUUUAGUGUCGGUGGCCCUCCAUACAUAUAUACGUAAAGAGGGAGGGAGAAUUCCAGUCCCUUGGUUUUUAAUCUUCUGAGAUGUAAGGCCACGUCUGUGCCAUGCCAUGCAUUUUAGCAGCCCUGACUUCCCACAAAGAAUCUUGGGAGCUGUAGUUUUUUUCAGGGUGUGGGAGAGCCCUUAGGAGAUCCCAUAUUCCCCUGACAGAGCUCCUAGGAAAGAGGAGUCGCCUGUUAAACCACUUUGGAAAAUGUAGCUCUAUGAGGGAACAGGCAUUUUGUGACAACUCUCAGUAUGCAAAGCAAACUACGGUUCCCAUGUUUAUUUAAGGGAAGCCAUGACUGCUGAAGUUUAUAGUACUUUAAAUGUAUGGUGUGGCAGUAGUAUUGACAUGAGUAGACUAGUGUCUCUUUUUAACAAAAUUAGUUGAGAUGGAUAAAUUGGUCUUCUACUGGAAAAUUUGACAUGCUGCUGCUGUCUAAAGUUGCUAGAAGGCUAUUUAUUACACAGAAUCAUACAAUUGUAGGGUUGGAAGGUACCAUAAAAAUGUGCACUUUCUUUAUCCCCCCUGCAUUAAGUAAUGGCUUAGUUAAGGAUGGUCCCUCUAUGGCAGUGGUGUCCAAACUUUUUUCAAAGAGGGCCAGAUUUGAUGAAGUGAAGGGCUGUGAGGGCCGACCAAAGUUGUUGAGGUUUUCUUAGGAUUUUACCCCAGGAAAUAAACUGCCACAGGGACCAGAUUAAACUGACCAGUGGGCCGGACAUGCUUGCUCUGUGGUUUUCCAUUGUGGAUUUUAGGAUGAUUAGUUGAACUCUGUGUACAUAUAGGGAUGUAGGAGUUGCCUUUUUAAAGUUAAAAUAGGUGUGUUCGUCUUCGUCUGUUGGAGCCGAAGUGAGAGAGAUAAGGUACCUUAAAGGUUAACCAUUUUUAUUGCUAACAGCUGCUUAAAAAUAUUCUCACUCAUGUUUGUUCAGUCACAUCAGGCAGUUCUGAAGGAACUAGAAGUCAAAACGCAUUGAGAAUUAUAUCAUUUCUUAUGACAAUAAUUAUGGAAAGUGGUUACGAAAAAUGCUGUACAGAAAUAGAAAUCCCAACUGAGGUACAAAAACAGGAUCUCUGCACUGGGGAGAACUUGGCUUAUAGCUGGAGCUUUGCUUCCUUUUCCUGUGUCAGCAGUUCUCUUUGCCAGAAAGACCAGCUUCUUAAAUAGCUUAUUAUUAUUGCUAUAUCAAAGCUCUCACAGCAUAUUUCACUCUCUCGCAGCAUAUGCUAGUCACUUCUCUCUUUCCUGGCCCUCAUGAGGAAAAACCGAUAUCUUUAAAUGAAAAGAGGGGGUGGAGAUUACAGAGGCAGAAAGUGGCCUUUCUUUGCAUUCCUACAGGGUGGAGCUUUUUGGUCUAACUACUGGCCAACUAUAAUAUCAAGUAGAAUACCAGCAAGCAUGACCCCUGUUCAGAAUUAACAUAAUUUGAUGCCUGCAGCUGGGGGCUCCUGAGGGGCGCGGGCCCAAGCGAAGCCUCCAGCGCCAGAUUCCUCUCCCAGGUGCCGCUUGUGGCUGCCGCCUCCCCUCCCCUGCUGCUGCACCCACUGGGCUCCUGGCAGCUGCUCACCUCAGCCUGGACCAGGCAGCCACGAUGCAAGUGAGCCAGCUACAGGGUCGGAGGUGGCCCACAGAAAACUCAGAACACAGUGCCAGGAGAGCAAGGCCUUCCCAUGGAUAUGCCAAACUAUUAAAACUCUUGGACAAUUUCUGAUUUUCUCUCAAUGGCAAGGAUUGGUCUGGCAUCAGUUUUUGGCUUGUUGAUUGUUAAAGAAAAUUUCAGUAUUGCAUUGGGUGUAUUUACUCUGGCUGGAAUAACAGAUUUGUUGGAUGGCUUUAUUGCACGAAACUGGGCCAACCAAAAAUCUGCUUUAGGAAGUGCCCUGGACCCUCUGGCUGAUAAAGUUGUUAUCAGCGUCCUGUACAUUAGCCUGACUCGUGCAAAUCUUAUUCCAGUUCCUCUUGCAUCUAUGAUAAUUUUAAGGGACAUUGCAUUAAUUGCUGCUGUUUUUUAUGUGCAAUACAGAACUGUUCCUCCACUAAGAACACUUAGAUAUUUUAAUCCAUGUUAUGCCACUGCUCAGUUAAAGCCAACAUUUAUCAGCAAGAUGAACACAGUAGUACAGCUCAUCUUAGUGGCAGCUUCUUUAGCAGCUCCUGUUUUCAAUUAUGUGGAGUAUCUUCAGACCUUAUGGUGCAUCACAGCUUUCACAGUGACAGCAUCUGCUUACAGUUACUAACUGGCUGAAAAACAGUUUAGGUGCUAAACAGCAACUGAAGGAUCUCAAGAGUGAGUUGCUGACUUCCUAUUUGGUUUGUGUUGGGAUGGCAUUGCCUGCAUAAUAUUUGGACUAUGGAUAAAGAACACUUCUUUUGAUAGCUUUGUCUCAGUGGAAACCAUGUCUUCACAUUGAAGAUAAUCAGAAGUUAAAAUGAAGAUUUGAUCAUGUAAAUAUGCUUAAUUUUCAAUGCACUUUUUCAAUUUCUUGCAAAUAAAAUAUGUUUUACCUUAAAGCAAUUUUUAAAAAAAGAAUUACAGUAACAUAAUUGAAGUAAUAGUGUUUUUCUGCCACACUGAGGCAUUUGCUGUGUAGGUAGAAGGUUGGGUUGUCUGUUUUAAAGGCAAGUCUAUUAUAUAUGUAAUAUGAUGAGGAUGGCCAACUUUGUUUUUACAGUGACCAUUCUGUUUUCCAGACUGUGGUCCAAGGUAUUCUGCUGUGCAAACAGCUUUAUUAUAGAGCCUACCUAGCAAUAAGAAUUUUCCAGUAAUAGAGAACAUGCACUGGGGUGUAGCAUUCUGUACAAAGAACACUUUAAUGUAUUUACAUUAAGGAUGUGAGAGAAGGAGAAUAAGAUAGAAUAUCUUUGUUUAUCUGAAAACAUUUAUCUGAAAGUUGAGGCAGACCCCCAAAACUCCUUAUUCCUCUCUGGCUCAGAAGUGUGCUCUUCAGUGGUAUUUCUUAUUUUUUUCAUGAAAUACUCAUUGUCCCAUUGGGAUUCUAUUCCUUAAUUUCCUUUCUCUCUGUCUUUCUAAUCUUCCAUCCUAUUUUAUUGUUGUAUUACUUAAUCAUAUGUUAUAUUCAUGGUAUGUCCUAUUGUCACAUCUGGUCUGUUAUGUUUUUGAUUAUGUAACUACUUCUGUAAAGAGCUUAGUCAAAAAGAUAUUUAUAAGUAUUCAUAUUGUAUUGUUAUGCUGAACAUACUUAAAGAUGUAUCCCCUUAUCUCGACAGUUACUGUUCUGCAGAGUGUACUUUCAUGCUAUCACCAUUUCAAUCUCUGGUUGGGCCCA